AUGUCCUCCAUAUGGAACACGAUAAUCACCCUACCGCUUCUUCUCUUCAUCUCGAUACCUCUAAUCUCAUCUGCCUGCUUUACCAUUUUUCUAGCAUUUGUGACUUUGUUCAUACGUUUCUCGUUCGUCUACAUUAAGCUUCUCUAUGGGAUUAUCUCGAGCUAUUUUACCAUUCCGACGCCUGAAAGUACAUCCCUCUUAAGUUUCGCAGCCUCUGAACCAGCUACGCCAGGCAUCCCGGCAACUCCAAAGCGUCGCUCGUUCGAUUAUGGCAUGACGCCUCUCCACUCGAACCCUCUGGCGUAUCGUCAGAGCUUCACCGGCCAAAGUAGACCAGACUCAUUACGGCGCCGGCAAAGUUCGAAUUCCUCUGAGGGCCGGGGUGAGCAAGAACGAGCCCUAAUUGGCUCCGAUGGUGCACAUCAACCCUAUCCUUCAACAACGGCUUUCCUUGGUCUGACUAGCGGGGACGCGGGCAGAGACUUCGAGGGCGUAGGCGGGUGGCGCACUCAAGUGUCAUCGAUGGGCCUUCGCGGAUAUCUUUCUGGAUCAGCAUCACCAUCACCUAACGAUAGCGUGAGCGAUGAAGCAGACGAGAGGGCAUGGCUCUCCAUCAAUGAAAGAUUACAGCUACCUACACAGUCUCUAACCCUGGAACACAGUUAUGACUCUCCAGAACAUGCAUUUCUGUGGGGAUGCAGACAAAGGGCGCCUGCUGUGGCAGGUGUCCAUAGAGAUCGCCAUCACCACCGUUCUGCUACGACAUCAAUGAUACCAAGCCCUGGACCCCGUGGCUCGCAUUCCUCAAUGUCUUCAUCAUAUCGUCUGGCUCCCAACCGAUCUAAAACAUCGUUAUCACCGCAUCCACUGCGGCGACGAAUGUCUCACGAUAUAUCGCCCACUACAAAUCCGCCCCGGAUGAACACUCAAUCGUUCGAUGGACACGAAGGCUAUUUCGCAUUCCGACGUGGAAGUGCAGGAAGCAGCAGGUCUACGACGUCAGGAAGCUCGACACCUAUGGACGAGCAGAUGAUUCAAAGAGCGGCCGGGGGGUCCAUGGCUCACCAUUCAGUUGGCGUGAAGCAUCGCAAAAGCUUGCCAGGUCCGAAUUCUGGAUCUCGACUACGGAGGCAUCCUGAAGUUGAACGUACGCUUUGA